AUGGAAACUCAGAGGAAGGGCUCUGGAGAUGAUAAUGGAGGAGAGCGAGGCCUGCUCCAUACCUGGAAGGGCUACUCUUACAGUGUGGCCCCAGAGAAACUGCUCCUUCCUCACUCAGUUCUUCAGGUCGCUUUGGGCAGAAAUCAUGGGGUUCUGCUGGUGGAAGGAUGUCAGGUGUUCACUUUCGGGCACUUGCCAUGGAAGCAGAGUCAACUGGCAGAGCUUGCGACUCCCAUUUUGGAGAGUGCACUUAGUGGACAGCGAGUUGUUUCUGUGGCGGCUGGAAGCUUCCACAGUGGGGCGGUAACAGAGGAGGGCGGCGUCCACAUGUGGGGUGACAACAGUGCCGGACAGUGUGGUUUGUCAGGCCUCAGCUCUGUCCCCAACCCAACUCCAAUCCCUCUGGCAGACUCUGACUGUAGCUCCUUGCAGACUGUGCCUGUACUGGAGCUCGCCUGUGGGGAACAGCACACUUUGGCGCUCUCAGUCCAGCGCGAAGUUUGGGCUUGGGGAAGCGGUUCCCAGAUGGGCCUCAGCACCACUGUUUUUCCUGUCUGGAAACCGCAAAAGGUUGAGGUACUGGCAGGCAGGGUUGUACUUCAGGUGGCCUGCGGAGCUUCACACAGCCUGGCUCUGGUGCGCUGCCAGGGCCCCCAGGACAUCCAACGACCCCCUGCAGACAAAUGUGGAAAGUGUAAGCAGUUGCUGUACACCAUGACAGACAAAGAGGAUCAUGUCAUCAUCUCUGAUAGUCACUACUGCCAGCCUUGCUUAGCGCGGCCAAAGGACGAGGAGAGCCUUCAAGUGCCUUCAACUCCUGGGCUGAAGACUUCCCCAUCAGAGCCUGCUCUUUCUUCUAAAACCUAUGCCUCACCACCUCAAUUAGUGUCUCCAGAACCUGUAAAUAACAUUGACCCAUCCAAAUUACAGAAUUUGGAGAAUCAAGAGUCAUCUUUGACAAGGGAGAAAUUACCGUCAUCAGACUUUGAGCUCUCAGGGACAAAGACUAGCGAGGUCACGAGUUCCAAAUGUUCACCUUAUCCAGAUGAGCAGGCGGUCAAAGAGUACCUGAAGAAACUCUCCGAUAACACCCAGGCUGAAAAAACACCAAAGGCGACAAUUGGAGGACUGCACACACUACUGCCUUCAGCAGCCGGAAUUAUCAGCUCCUCCAGCAAUCCCCUGAACAGCCUAGUUGCCUCCUGCGCUUCUGCGGUUGGCGAAAGGGUUGCCUCCACUUAUGAGGCACUGUCGUUUAAAAAGAUGAUGAACCUCUAUCUUCCCACUGGAUCACUGAAGUCAGGCGGCCAAGACAGGCUGACAGCAACCAUUCUCGGAGCGGGUGAUAACAGCACCGAGUGUGUCGGUCAGGAAAACUCUGUUCAGGCGAAGAAGAGUUCCAGUACUGGGGAUAUCCAGGAAGAGGAGGCAGAACGCCUGCAGCGUCGACUCUCGCUCCCAGGACUCCUCUCACAUGGUAGAUACACUGUUCAUCUCUUAUCCUCCUCCUAUGCACUGCUGUUGUCCCCACGGUUGCUACGCAAGUUCAGCCGUUCUAAAAUGGGCACCGCAGCGCUGUCGUUAUCGGGAAUAGCCGCCCCCGCAGAUCAGGAGGUUCUUCCGUCCCUGCAAACGGAGGUGUGGAGCUGGGGUCAUGGUGAACAAGGUCAACUAGGUCAUGGGGACAACCUAGACAGAUUACAACCGCUCUGCAUCAAAAGUCUCAAUAGUAAAGAAGUUGUGCGAGUGGCGGCUGGUGCUCAUCAUUCUCUCGCUUUGACUGCCCAAUCACAGUUGUUCUCAUGGGGAAGCAAUAGCCAAGGCCAAUUGGGCCACAUGGUGUCCCCCAGCACAUUACCUCGGCUCGCUAAGCUGUCAGAGGGUAUUCGGGUCUGGGACGCAAGUGCUGGAGAGCGUCACUCUCUAUUACUUGCUGACGGAGACUGUAUCCAGCCCAUUAUUUAUUACAGUGGAGAGCAAGUCGAGGCUACCAAGGAGAGUAGCAAACAGGAAAAAGAGGAAGAGACAUCUGAUGGCUACACCCAACAGCCGGUGCUGUUGCCCUUCUGCAUGAAUUUGGGAUUCGUGAGUAGCGUGUUUGCUGGUGGCCGGCAGUGUGUAGCACUCUCAGACAAGAAUGUGAUGGGCUUUAUUGCUAGCCUCCAUGAGCUGGCGUCAGCUGAGAGAAAGUUCUACUGCAAACUAUGUAACAUCAAGACUCAGGUCUUAAGCCCUUUGUUGGAUCUUGAAUCUCUAUGUGCCAGCCUUGGCCCAGUGAUCUUCAAGCUCAUGCAGACGCUUGCCACUCAAUUUAGGCAGUUAUGUCACCUGACUGGACAACAUGCAGUCAGUCUCACAGCAAACCUACGACAGAGUCGAAGUAUUAAAAGUCUGUUCAUCCUUGAACACACUAAAAUCUUCCAGGACUCCUAUAAUGAAUACUGCAACACUUUGGAUGACUUCCAAGUGAUGGGAGGCUUCCUGACUCUAACUAAACCAUCGUUAGAUUUGUUUGGAAAGAGUCCUGAGCUGCUACAGAGGUUGGCGGAGUGCAACGAGGGGAACCUCACUGUGGUGGAACUACUGGUGGCGCUUUUCUGCCUCCCUACAUUUCAUCCGCAGGAAUAUGGACGACUGCUGCUCAAACUUGCCACAUGUUUUGAAGUGAGCUCCACUGAGUACCAGCGACUGCAAGAGAGCUGCUCCAAGUUUGAAGCUUUGGAUCUUUUUCUAAAGAGGAGAAGGAAGGAAGCUGAGUACACCUUUCUCUUCUGGAAAGGCUUCCCUGGCAAAAUGACGGAUUCUCUACGAAAGCCUCACCGUCGCCUUAUCUGUGAGAGUAGCAACAAAGCUCUGACGCUACAGAAUUCUGGAAGGUUCUCGGUCAACUGGUUCAUCCUUUUUAACGACGCUCUUGUUCAUGCACAGGGCAUGGCGCCUUACAAAAACCUUUUCUCCACCCAUCACAUCUUCCCCUUGGCCACACUGUGGGUGGAGUCUAUUCCAGAGGACAACACUGGUCUUAGACACGGGCUGAAACUGAUCACACCAGAAGAGAUGUUCACUCUUGUAGCCAGCUCCGCCACGGAGAAGGCUAAGUGGAUCCGUUAUAUUAACCAAACAGUGGCUCAGGCCCUGGGCUUAGGUGAGGGACAACAGUUUGAGCCUCCCAUUUGUAGAAGCGCCACAUACACGUUUUACAAAGACGGACGGCUAAAAGAUGCGACGUAUGAGGGACGGUGGCAGGCUGGAAAGCCUCACGGCAGUGGUGUGAUCACUUGGCCUGAUGGGAGGAUUUACACAGGCUCAUUCAAGAAUGGACUGGAGGAUGGAUUUGGUGAAUUUGUGGCUCCAAAUAAGUCCCUGAACAAAAGUGAUCACUAUGAAGGUUACUGGAGGGAUGGCAAAAUGCAUGGUUUGGGAACGUACAGAUAUGCCAACACCGAGGUCUAUAAUGGGUCCUACCAGGAAGGCCUGCGGCACGGCCACGGAAUGCUACGCACUGGCAAGCUCAACACCUCCUCGCCCAGCGUCUUCAUCGGCCAAUGGGUACACGACAAAAAGACUGGCUAUGGCGUCUUUGAUGACAUCACCAAAGGCGAGAAGUACAUUGGCAUGUGGCAUGACAACAUGCGACACGGCACCGGGGUUGUGGUGACUCAGUUCGGCCUUUACUAUGAAGGAUCCUUCAAAGACAACAAGAUGAUGGGCACUGGAAUCCUUUUGUCAGAGGAUGAUACUUCAUAUGAGGGGGAGUUUUCUGAUGACUGGACCCUUAACGGCAAGGGAAUACUGACAAUUGCCAAUGGUGACUACCUAGAGGGCUCCUUCAAUGGAGAAUGGGGUGCUGGUCCCAAAGUUACUGGCUCCUAUUUCAAGCCGCAACUUUUUGAAACUGACAAAGAGAAGACUCGUCCUGUGAAGCUGGGCCGUCUAUGCGUGAGCGCUGAAGAGAAGUGGCAGGCGGUGUUUGACGAGUGUUGGAGCCAAUUAGGCUGCGAGGCUCCCGGCCAGGGAGACAAUUGCAAAGCAUGGGACAACAUUGCUGUGGCCCUCACGACCAACCGGCGACAAAUUCAGGACAGUCCAGAAAUGCUGUCUCGAAGUCACAGCAGAACUCUAGAGAGUUUAGAGGUGAUCCCCCAGCAUGUAGGCCCCAUUACUAUGGAACGAUAUCACGCUAUUCGUCUCUACCUCAUUAAGGCAUGUGAUACCCCGCUGCACCCACUUGGCCGGCUUGUGGAAGCCUUGGUAGGGGUCUACAGGAUGACGUAUGUUGGUGUCGGAGCCAACCGCCGACUCCUGCCACAGGCCGUCAGCGAGUUAAAAUCAUACCUUUACCGCAUUUUCCAGAUCGUAAGGUUUCUGUUCCCAGACUUGCCAGAAGAUGGCGGCAUAAUUCGAGAGCCGACCAGCCUUCAAGAGAAAGAGAAUGAAGUGUCCAAGACGAACAUAAACCAAAACACGGAGCAGUCCCUCCUCAGUCAAGUGGUGAGCAGCUUGGCUCUGCUACUUCCUGUCCUGUUGCCUCGCCUCUACCCACCGCUCUUCACCCUCUACGCUCUGGAUAAAGAGCGCGAAGACGAUGUCUACUGGGAGUGUGUCCUCCGCCUCAACAAGCAGCCCGACCUGGCUCUGCUCGCCUUUCUGGGUGUCCAGCAGAAGUUCUGGCCUGUUUCAGUCUCCAUACCAGCACAUACAGAAAACCUACAGGUCCUGUCCAGCACCAAGGAUACUUGCUUUGCAAGUGCAGUCGAAACUCUGCAGCAAAUCAGCACAACUUUCACCCCAUCAGACAAACUGCACGUUAUCCAGCUGACCUUUGAGGAGAUCACAAAGGAAGUGCAGUCCCUGCUACGGCAGGAUUUCCUUUGGUCCAUGGAUGACCUAUUUCCUGUGUUCCUCUAUGUGGUGCUGCGAGCUCGCAUCAGGAACCUUGGGUCGGAAGUCAACCUCAUCGAAGAUCUGAUGGACCCUUGCAUACAGCAUGGAGAGCACGGAAUCAUGUUCACCACUUUGAAGGCCUGUUACUACCAGAUCCAACAUGAAAGGAUAACUUAA